GUGAGCUACAGUAACAUGGAGCUGCAGACACCAGUUAGCGGUGGCGUCGGCAUACUUCACAGAGUCAAAGACGGGAAGCAUCACUAUGAAGUGGACACUGUUUUUAAUGAGAACAGACAGUUCUUCACGAGACAAGGAGAUCAGCUCUUGAAGAUUAAUGACUUGGACAUGCAAGAUUUAACUCCAAGAGAGUUUGCAGAGCUGUUGUCUUCAGGCAAUCCUAUGCUGAGAAUCCACCAUGCUGGGGUGGAGCAUCCUAAGAAAGCUCCUGAGAAAACAGGAGACUUCUGGUCUGUGUUUAAGGAGGACACAGUCCUGACCUUCUCCAUGGACAUGGCCGUGGAGCCAGACUUGCAGGGAGAGAGCGAUGGCUGUGACCAGGAUGAGCUGGAGGUUGGUCUGCUGGUGGAGCUGUUGGGCCCCUGCGUGGAGAUGGUGUUGGGCCGGGGGGGUGGACACGGCGAGAGCUGCCAGGACUGUGUAGUAGUGAUGUCCAAGGCUGCCCGGGUUGAAGCUGUCCUGCCCUGUUUUAAAAGAACAAAAGAGGAGCAGACAGAGGCCAUCAAGAAUGCAUUCACUGAGGGGAAAGUGGAAGAUAACAUGUUUCUAAGUUACAGAACAACCAAGGCCAGUUUGACGACUACAAAAAAAAAGAUCACCAUUUACUACUACAGGCCCAGGCCAACUGAUGAACAACAUAAGGGAAGGCCAGUUGUGUUGAACUUCACGGGCACUAAGAAGUUCCUGCAAUGCUCCAGAACUGAUGAUGGUGUACAUUUGAGUGUUGUGGAAUGUGAGAAGGACUUGGAGUCUAUCUGUAUCAGCGAUCAGGAGAUGGCGUUUGUCUUCUUCAUGAAAGAGGAGAGAAGUGAUGUGCGAACUUUCGAGUCAGCAAAUUGUGAGGGGAGGUUUAUUGAGGCCACUUCCCCCAGAACAGUGGACGCAGUGGACGCAGUGGAUAAAGCAGCCUCACACUACUUCUCCUUUUAAUACAGCUGAAAUACUAAAACAUUUGCUAUAUGAAAUAAAACAUUUACAUGUAGUUGCCUGUCACCGCUGAUUUGUACAGUUUACAACAUCAUCUUACUUUCAUCUUAUUUCAUUUUAGCACUUAAUUAAGUCACCAGUCCGAAACAGGAAUAAGCUUCAUAGCAUUGAAAACAUUUAUUUAUGGAUGUAUGCAGCAUUUUAAACUUCGGACAUAUUUUAGAUCACAAACACAUUAUUGUUAUAUUACCUUCAUAGAUUACUCUCAUUUUUCAUAUCUUACUUUCAUUUCAUUAUUUCACAGUGUAUUUGACCAUGUGUUUUUAUUCAAA